AUGCUUCUCCUCGACUACGAAAACGUCCUGAUCCGGUCAGUGUUCACCGAGAAGUUCUCUGGUGCCCCUGCCACAUCCAUCGACCAGACCAUCUCCGACUUCGACGGCGUCACGUUCCACAUCUCGACUCCGGAAUCAAAGACCAAGAUCCUUCUCUCUCUCCAAAUAAAAUGCUUCAAGGACCUGGUCCAGCACGGCGCCGAGCAAGUCUUGCGGCGCGAGUACGGCGACUACAUGGCGCCAGUGGAGCCUGGCUAUGACUUCUCGGUCAUGGUCGACCUCGAGCAGCUACCGGCGGACAAAGAGGAGCGCGACGCGUUAGCAAUGAAGCUUGCACUGCUGAAGCGCAACGCCAUGGCGGCCCCCUUUGAGCAGGCAUACGAAGAACACUACAAGCUGAAAGAGGAGGCAUCCAAGUUCACUUCCGAGGAAGCCCCCCAAGGCGUGCAGGAAGGCGGCGAGGUCAAGGCCAUUCACUAUCGAGAUGAAGAGGCCAUAUACGUCAAAGCUAGCCACGACCGAGUCACAGUCAUCUUCAGCACAGUGUUUCGCGAAGAAACCGACCGGGUAUUUGGAAGAGUGUUCAUUCAAGAGUUUGUCGACGCGCGAAGGAGAGCGAUCCAGAAUGCGCCACAGGUUCUUUUCCGGAACGAUCCGCCACUCGAGUUGCAGGGAGUGCCAGGAGUGAAAAGCACCGGCACAGGCGAGAUUGGCUAUGUGACAUUUGUGUUGUUCCCGAGACACCUGACUCCCCAGCGAAUGCCGACUGUCAUUUCCCACAUCCAGACGUUCCGAGACUACUUCCACUAUCACAUCAAGGCAUCCAAGGCGUACAUCCACUCUCGAAUGCGGAAGCGCACCGCAGACUUCCUGCAAGUGUUGCGUCGCGCACGUCCUGAGAAUGAGGAGCGGGAGAAGAAGACUGCAAGCGGCCGGUCGUUCAAGGUGCAAGGAAGCUGA